AUGCAGGCAUCGACAUCGAUAUUUUGUCGCUGGGCAAUGAAAUCACGCACGGAUUUCUCUGGCCAAUGGGCAAGGUCAUUGAUGGAGAUUACAGCAAUUUUGCAGUGCUCUGGAAGGCGUUCCGUGGGGGGCAUGACGGAUGCUGUUGCCACCGGCGUCAAGAAACCGGAAAUCAUGAUCCACGUGGACAACGGGUGGAACCACACGACUUAUUUCAACGAUCGCUUUGCAACUGGAACGGUGACCCCCGACGACGUCGAUGUUCUCGGGUUCUCGUUCUACCCGUUUUAUAGCGUAAAAGCUGCGAUUGAAGCACUCAACUUGUCGUUAACGCAGUUUGCAAAGGACUACAACAAACCACUCUUUGUUGUGGAGACAGACUGGCCCGUGGCAUGUGAGAAUGUCACUCUGAGUGAGAACUUCACGGUCAGUCCUGCGGGGCAAACGCAGUGGGUGACUGCUGGCACGAACGUGUUGGAAGGUCUUCCACAUAACUUGGGCGCAGUGGACGCACGCAAUGGAUCCUUUAAGUGA